AUUAAUUUCCGUUUCUUCGCCACUGUAUGCCAUGUGACAUUUGCAGCGAAUUGCAAAUUUAUACAGUAAAAUAUCUUGGGGAUUUUGCGUCGUUAUUCUGUUUACUUCGAUUGGAUUUUUGCGUUCUUGUCUUGAGAAUUCUCUGCGUUGUUCAAUUAAAUUUUGUCAUUCGAGGAAAGGCAUAGAUCUGAACAAAGGUUUGACAAAGCUCGGAGUAUUUGUGGUCUUAGCCAAGCAUGGCAUCUGGUUCAACGGAUGAAUCAGUUGUCUUACCUAAAUGGACAAAUCGUGGCACUGCCAGUUGUCCCAAAUGUGGCCAUAAGUACAUGACAGCACGGAAACCAAAAUUAUGUGAGGGAUGCCACUUUGAAAUAGGAGGUUCAUAUGUGCCUAAGCCAAAACUGAACAUUCCAGACUGUGUCAUUGUUUACAAAGAAGGUGAUACUUCUCUGUAUUCAGUAAACAGCAGCACGAGGGAUGAUCGGUGCUUGGUUUUGAUGCAAGGAACAAAUUGCCUUUGUUACCAUGAGACAUGUAAACAACAACGAGCAAUCCACCUAAGUUCUUCAGGAAGGCCGUUCAGCUGUAAACAUAGUGAAAAGAUUGACAGUAAACCACAAGAACCUUUCGAAAAGUAUUUUUUAAGUGAUGAAUCCAUCAGAACCUAUCCAGCUGACAAUGGCACUCAAGAAACUAUAUUCUCCCUAAUGAAAAAAUUGUCAGCAUCACAAGCUGUUGCCAUGAAAGUGUCUGACAAAAAUUUUGUUGUCUAUGGAAAAGCAUCAACAUCAACUCCAAUAUGCUAUACACAUGUUCAAUUCAACAAGGGCAACUACAUCUGCUCCUCCAAAGACUGCAAAAGUCAUGGUGGCAACACAAAACAGUUGAAAUCGAAGAGGAUCUGCCUACAUGUACAUGUUUUGUUGUGUGUGUUGAGGGAACAUGUUAGACCAACAGCAGUCCCAACUCCAACCUCCCCAGAAGAAAUUGCUGAACCUCGAACCAGCUCAGUUUGUCGGCAAAGAACUGUGGAUUUGAUGGCUCGUUGUUCUCUACCAUACCCAGUGCCGAACAAAUUUAUCAUCAAGUGCAGAAACAUUGAUGCCUGGAGUACUGCAGGGAUAGAAGAUAAAUCAUGGCCAUCUUCAUUUAUACCUCCACAAGAAUCAUGUGAAAUGUGUGGGACUCAACUGAGCUUACCUAAAAUGAAGCCAGGCUCAGAUGGUAAAGCUUUUCUCAUGACACAUCAACAUAUGUUUCAUGUGGUGGAGGUGUUGGUGAAAUUCUGCAAGAAUCCAGAAUGCCAAGCAAUGCAUAGAGUGUGGCCUUUGAGUGAUGGUCUUUUUAAUAUUAAUGACAAGGUCUUGCUUGCAUUGGAGAUUUUGGUGGAAUGGAGAGAGCUGUUCAAGAGAGGAGUGCCAGUCAAAGUAUUUGUUGAAAGUACAAUCAGAUCAUGGUGCGCGACGACAUGUUCUAAUAAUCAGACAUUAUUUCUCUUUGAGGAUGUCAUUCCGUCAAGCGGUCAACAAAGGUACUUGGUGGAGCUACUGUACAAUGGGUUUUACUGUUUCGAGGCUAUCACAGAAAGAUCAUUAGAUGACGUUAUCUGUGGUGUCUGUGGAGUUGCAGGAGAGGUAUAUUGCGGCGAUGGAAAUGAAAAGAACUGCUGUGAUCUGAGUUGUGUUAACUUCAAUAAUUCCUCCUCAAAUAAUGAGUGUGAGCCUGUUUCUUUGGAAGACUUCCUGAUGAGAAUAAAAAAAUACUGGGUGGAGAAAACCACAUACACAAAAACAGAAUUAGAUGAUGGUAAGGUCGAUGCCGCAACAGUACCUCCUAUCAUUGCUCCAUCCGCUAGAGCAGAGAAAGUGUAUAACACGGAGAUGCAGAAGAGGAGUGUGUAUUUGAAGCCAAGAAAAGAAAUAAACGGUGACCCUGGAGUUUUACAUGCACUGAUGAAGUCGAAGAAUCUUGACAUGAACGAUAUCGAUUCAUGGAAUGCUGAUUCUCUCCGUGCCGUAUGUCAGGCUUCUGGCAUAAAUGUUGCUGGCAUGUCAAACGGUCUAAUGGUUGCUGAGCUUCGAUCGUUGUAUGCAACAUUGUUGGUUGGCAUCUCUCCAUGUCACGAAUUCACAAAAGUUAUCGGACAUACUGGGGGAUUCUAUCAUUUUGUUUGCCGCCAUGGGACAACUGUUGGAUCAAAGUUCUUGAUGCUUCAAGAGUCUGUUCGGGAUGCAGCAGACAUAUAUCUUUCCCUGAAAUACCCACCGUCGCUUUUCGUGAAUGAUACACCAUGCACGUUUUCAAGGCAUCUUGAUAUUCGAGCGCCGAAUGUCACAAAAUAUCUUUGGGGAGAUAACGUUGGAUGUUUCGAACCACCAAGCUUAGACAAAUGUCCAUCCCAGGUUAGCGUACCUCACCUUGUACCGCUGGAAUUUCAAUCUAGUAGAAUGGGAUAUAAGGACGAGAAAGAGCUUCAAGAGUGGGAACACCCUGUGACUGGUCAUACACAUCGCUAUGUUGUAGGGGAUAGAUUUCACUCCUCAACAAAUCCCCACAAAUCGCCUCUAUGCAGAUUUCAUGACUUGAAUUUAUGUGAACAGAAGAAUGCCAUUAAAACGAGUUAUCAGGAGAGCGAAAACAAUAGAAAAAAUUUUUUACGCCUUAGAAGCUCCACGAUGCAAAAAUUUUUGGUUCAUUUUCAUUACAAUUACCUAAUGGACUACUACCACAACGAGAAGAUUGUGGAAGAUCUAACCACCAAGAUGCUCGGUCGUGUAAGAGAAGAUGAAAAAUUAGUCAGAGGCCCAUACCAUAAACUUGUUGUUGAAGAAAAAUAAGGUGCGCCGCAUAUUAUGUAAUGUAUAGCGUUUUAACGUUUCUGCCAAAGGUUAUAUGUCAGAGAGGAGCACACAAUAUGAACAAGUGGCAGUUUCAUACAUCUUAAAACUGCCAAUUCUCUAUUUCCGCUGUUUGGAUCUCUUUCCCUUUAUUUGUUCAGUACAUUUUUCGCUGCAGAACCACUUCUGUCUUUUUGGCGGAAUCUUCUCUAAAUUCGUACAUUUCCUGAAAUAUAAAUAAAGAUUAUUAUAAGUAAUAGCAUGGCAUUACGGAAGGUCGAUAAGUGAUUAAAUGUAACACAAAAGCCGAGAGAGCCUGAAAUAUAAAUAAAGAUUAUUAUAAGCUAAUUACUAUGGUACCUGUCAACACAGAAUAAACAUAUAGGGAGU